AUGCCUCAUCAUGGAACGUUCAGAGAACAAAUGAAAGGGUUUCCAGUCUGGCAGAUGGUUGUCAUCAGUUUAAUCAGAUUUCUGGAGCCAAUCUCAUUCACGUCAUUAUUUCCCUACGUGUAUUUCAUGGUCAGAGACUUCAAGAUUGCCGCUGACGAGUCACAAAUUCCUCGUUAUUCCGGGUAUUUGGCAGCAGCUUUCUCAUUUAUGCAAUUUUUGUGUAGCGUUCACUGGGGUCAAGCAUCAGAAAAGAUUGGAAGAAAGUCGGUGUUAAUGAUAGGUUUGCUUGGUCUGGCAUGUUGUAUGAUUAUGUUUGGGUUUGCCCGCAAUUUCUACAUGGCUUUGUUUGCAAGAGCUGCGAUGGGCGCCGUCAAUGGAAAUGUGGGGGUGAUCAGAACUUCAAUUGGCGAAAUAGCUACCCAAAAACGACACCAGGCUGUGGCGUUUUCUACGGUGCCUCUUCUCUGGAAUCUUGGGUCUGUCGUGGGGCCGUUAAUUGGUGGAUCCAAAUACCUCACGAGACCAAGAGGUGAAGCGCACACCUCGGGCAUGUAUAACGAUUUCAUGAACCUGUACCCUUAUGCACUUUCCAAUGUGGUGGUGGCUUUUUUUUUGGUUGUUAGUGCCACAGUGUGUUUUCUCUUUUUUGAAGAAACUCAUUAUCGACUCAAGUAUAAGCAGGACAGGGGACUCGAUAUUGGAGACACCAUCUUGACAUGGUUUGGCUACAAGAUGUCACCGAGACCUUGGCACCGGCCAAGCAGGAGCGAGAUCCAGGACUCGCUGACUCCAAGGGCUCCCCAGAAUGGAUUUUUGGACGAAUUGGACGGCUUGGAAAGUCCUGCUACAGAAGAAACUCCAUUGAACCGCACACCAGAUAUUUAUGCUGCAGUGGAAAGUGAUGAUAGCGAGAGCGAGUCCAUAGAUUCUGCUGACUACAGAACUACUCCUCUUUCCAGACAGAUGUCUGCAGCGAUUGUUCGUCGGUAUUCUUCGCAUGCUUCAUUUCCAGCAUCGUUCACCGAUGAAGAAGGACCUCAUUCUAUCUUUUCUUCACAAGUACUCACGUCGCCAGUUAUCCAGACCAUCACAUCGAAUUUCUUGUUGGCGUUCCAGAACUUGGUUUACAGCGAGUUUUUGCCGGUUCUCUUGGCUGGCAAGCUCACUGUUUCCAGCUUGAAUUUUCCAUUUAAAAUGACCGGUGGUUUCGGCUACGAUUCUGACUCAAUUGGAAAAUUGUUGUCAACCACAGGCUUCCUAGGCGUCUUUGUGGUAUCACUUUUGUUUCCAUGGAUGGAUAGACACAUGAGAACCAUCAAUGGGUAUCGACUUUCACUCUGCUUACCUCCAAUUGUAUUCAUGUUGCUUCCCACAAUAGUGUUUACCAGCCCCGCAUACAACCACAGCAUGCCUCCACACCUUACCACAAUACUCUUGUAUCUCAAUAGUGGGUUGUGUACACUUUCCACAGCCACGGCGUUUCCUCAUGCGGUGCUACUUCAACAUCGUGCUGCCACUCCAAAAUUUCGGGCUCUUGUCAAUGGACUCAAUUUGAGUCUUAAUUCGCUUGCUCGGUGCAUUGCUCCUCUAGUAUGGGGCUGGUUGAUAUCGUUUACUGAUAGCAUGGGAAUUGUUCCUGUGUCUUGGUACAUUUUAUCGAUUUUAGCGGUGGGGUCACUUUUGCAUGCAUUUUAUAUGAAAGAUUACGACGAGGAGAAGAACGAUGAAGUUUAG